GGUCACCGCGCUCGGCCGGCCCCCCCUCCCGGGCCCGGAGGGUGUGUCCCCUCACCGGGGCUCGGCGCGCCUAUAAGGGGCCGAGCGGCGGGCAGGGACAUGCAGCUCUACAGCAGCGUCUGCACCCAUUACCCAGCCGGGGGCCCUGGUCCCACGGCCGCAGCCCCCGCUCCGUCCGCCGCCGCCGCCGCCGCCGCCGCCCCGUUCAAGGUCUCGCUGCAGCCCCCGGGACCCGCCGGCGGCGCGCCGGAGCCCGAUACCGGUGAGUCCCAGCCGGCCGCGGCCGCCGAGCCCCGCGAAGCCGCUGCCGCCCCCGCCGCCAAGAUGCCCGCCUUCUCCUCCUGCUUCGAGAUGGUGUCUGGGGCCGCCGCCCCCGCCUCGGCCGCCGCCGCCACCGCCGGGCCGCCCGGCGGGUCCUGCAAGCCGCCGCUGCCGCCGCACUACACGUCCACGGCGCAGAUCACCGUGCGGGCCCUGGGCGCCGACCGGCUCCUGCUGCGCGGGCCGGAGUCCGGCGCCGCGGCGCCCGCCGCCCCGCGCGGCCGCUGCCUCCUGCUGGCCCCGCCGCCCGGCGCUCCGGUCCCGCCGCGGCGGGGCUCCUCGGCCUGGCUCCUGGAGGAGCUGCUGAGGCCCGACGGCCCCGAGCCCGCCGGCCUGGACGCGGCCCGCGAGGGGCCCGACAGAAACUUCCGACUGAGCGAGCACCGCCAGGCCCUGGCCGCCGCUAAGCACCGCGGCCCCGCGCCGCCCCAGGGGAGCCCGGAAGCCGGCCCCGGCCCGUGGGCCGAGGAGCGCCCGGCGGAGAGGGGCCUCCGGGGCUGGGACAGGGCCGGCGACCGCGGCGACCCUUCUCCCAGCGCCGACGAGGCGCGGCGGCCCGGCCCAGAGGCCGAGGCGCCUCCGGCGCGGAGCGACGAGGCGGUCCCGGGCGGCGCGGCCGAGGCGGCGAUCGUCUCCAGGUCGGAUCCCAAGGACGAGAAGCUGGCCCUGUACCUGGCCGAGGUGGAGAGGCAGGACAAGUACCUGCGGCAGAGGAACAAGUACCGAUUUCACAUCAUUCCCGACGGCAACUGCCUCUACCGAGCGGUCAGCAAGGCGGUGUACGGGGACCAGAGCCUGCACCGGGAGCUGCGGGAGCAGACGGUGCACUACAUCGCCGACCACCUCGACCACUUUAGCCCCCUGAUUGAGGGCGACGUGGGGGAGUUUAUCAUCGCCGCUGCUCAGGACGGGGCGUGGGCCGGGUACCCUGAACUUCUGGCCAUGGGGCAGAUGCUGAACGUGAAUAUACAUCUAACUACUGGCGGGAGGCUGGAGAGCCCCACGGUGUCUACCAUGAUUCACUAUUUGGGCCCAGAGGAUUCCCUAAGGCCUAGCAUUUGGCUCAGUUGGCUCAGUAACGGACAUUACGACGCGGUGUUUGAUCACUCCUAUCCGAAUCCGGAGUAUGACACUUGGUGCAGGCAGACUCAAGUGCAAAGAAAACGCGACGAAGAACUCGCCAAGUCCAUGGCCAUAUCCCUAUCCAAAAUGUAUAUUGAACAAAACGCAUGCUCUUGAAGUGUCUGAACUCCUCCACCCUGGGAAAAUUGCAGGCCUAAUUUGUGUUUGGAGAAUUACAUGAACUCUAAUCAGGGUAAUAGCACUUUUAAACUUGCAAGUAGAUUUACUGUAGGUGUAAUGCCUUAAUCAUUGUUUGGAAUGUUUUCUCCUCAGAGCUGAAGGUUGCUGGGCACCUACGUGAUGUUUCAUGAUAGCUUUGGGUGAUCCUCCUGCUGUAUAUCACGUGCUGUAUAAAGGUGGCACUACCUAAGUUGCAAGCUGAUUUCUCACAGUGUAAAUUUUGUUCAUUCCUGGUAAUCUAUUUUCUAUAAAAAUGUAUUUUUGCACAACAUUUUUAACAACUGGUGUGUCUUCAUCUAUGACGUGUUCCAUUUUGACACACAGCUUUCCGGUGUAAAUCCAGAGAAGUGCUUUAUAUGAAGUUUAUUAUUUUGAACAGAGUUUGUGAUUUAGUAUUUUUUUGUUGUUGAAUUUGAAUUUUACAGUUCGUAAGUAAUUAUUUAAAAUGGAUAUUGAUGCAUUCAUAUUACCAGAUGAUUGGCCCAUUCCGUUUUGAUGAAACAGAUUUGUUGUUUGGAAAAUCAUUAUUUUUCUAGAAAUGGUCAGCCUUUUAAAGAGAAACACGUAAGGGGAGGUUAUGGGAAGAAUGUUUUUUUUUCUUUAAAGAAUAGUACCAGCUCUUACUUGAAUGAAGGUCUGAUAUUUGCUGAUGGCAGAGUGAUUAUUCUGUACUCUGGUUGAGGUUUAGAGUAGAUUGUCUGGUGCUCUCAAUUGUUUUUAUUUAUAUUUGUCAUUUUGUUGAAAAAAUAAUUUUAACGUGAUAGAAGACUUUGUGACGAGAUAAGCCUCCUGCUUGGA